AGAUAUUUUGCCUGGAGACGAUCUUACUGAAACAUUAAAAGCCUGAAAUAGAAAGAGAUUUUGGAAAGGCUGAAGCCAUGAACGUGGAGGAGGAAGUUGAGCGACUGAAGGAAGAAAUCAAGCGGCUUGGGAAGGUCCAAGACGAUGGCUCCUAUAAGGUCACAUUUGGCACACUAUUUAACGACGAUAGGUGUGCAAACAUAUUCGAAGCACUGGUUGGGACACUGAGAGCAGCAAAGAAGCGAAAAUAUUUGACAUAUGAUGGUGAGCUACUGCUGCAAGGGGUCCACGACAACGUGGAAAUCACACUCAAACCCACCCCAGUUGUCGUGCCAGUGGCAACCGAUGCAGUUGCCAGGAGUUAAAAAAGUUCGUGCUUGAUCUUGUUUUGAAUUCUGGUUUAUGAUGUUGUGCAUUUGAGAUAUUAUCUUUGAAAAAUAUGAUUGCCCUUUUAUUUGAACUCGAAUGAAAUGUGGAAGUUCAAAAGUUUGUCAUCA